UGUGCUGGGCUUGCUUUAAGAGGAACAGAUUUAAUUCACCAUUGAAUUGGAAUACAACACCUGUUUGUUAUCAACACCUUUUCUUGAUGAAUGGAGUACUCAAUUGGUUAAAUCUGUAGAGAACUAUUUAACACAUAGGAAAUAAGCUGGCAUUUGUUAAGAUGAAAGUGUUGCCAUCUCAAGAUUCAACCAGAAUUUCCUAUGGUAUUCUGCUGCAAGCAUUCUUUGAAAACAGACUGAGAAACUUGUAUGAAAAGGCAAAAAUAAGAGUAGAUCUACCAUUUCUGAAUAGGUCAGAGCAGUAUUUUAGGGGAAGAAGAUACAAGGAUUCUCUGAGACAGGACAGACAAUUCUCCAAGCAACCUGUCAGUCAUUGAAACAAUUCCUCUAGAAAUUUGAGAGCCUUGACGUGAUGGAAAAUAAAGGAUCUGAACAAAAAUUUGCAUCAAUGUUGAACUGUCUUAUGAAUGAAAAUGUUUCUACCGGGAAAGUCUGCAUAUAGAAGAUACUGCAGAAUAUCUGUAUGUACAGUUUAAAGAGACUGAGACUGUGCUUGGGCCAUAGUGACUGAAGCAAACUGUAGCUGGAACACGUUUGAGCUGAAAGAGUCAGCAUCCAUCACCUAAGUAUCGUCUAUGUGGCUCUGAUUUUUCUUUUAGCCCUUCAAAGGUCUUGGAUCAGAGUGCUGCCAAAAUGAGUGAAUCUCUUUCAAGCAGUUACUCCGUGAAUCAGCCAAACUCCUCUGAGAGUGAACAGAGUUUAUCUACACGCCAUUUCAAUGUUACUGAACCUGUAGUGGCCAAAAGGAUCUGUUUUUAUAAAAGUGGAGAUCCUCAGUUUAAUGGAAUCAAAAUGGUCAUUAACAACCGGUCUUACAAAACAUUUGAUGCCUUGCUGGAUAGCUUAUCUAAACGGGUCCCGUUACCUUUUGGAGUAAGGAAUAUCAGUACGCCAAAAGGGAGACACAGCAUCACCAGUCUGGAGGAUCUUGAAGAUGGAAAAUCUUAUAUUUGCUCCCAUCAGAGGAAAAUGAAGCCUAUCAACCUAGAACGGGCUAGCAGAAAGCCACUGCCCUGGCAGAUCAGUAGGCCUGUCAGUGCUCGUCGUCGAGCUGUGCAAUUAGCAAAGGAGAAUGAAGAUGGAUUUGGCCAUCAAGAAAGCAAAAUAACAACUCCCAAAAAGAUGCUUGUUUUCAAAAAUGGAGAUGUAAGACUCAGACGCACCAUAGUUCUGGGAAAGAAAAAUACACAAACCUUUGAGGCCUUUCUGGAUUACAUGAGUGAAUUAAUGCAGUAUCCAGUUGCAAAACUUUAUACCACUGAUGGCAGAAAGGUUCCUAAUCUUCAGGCCCUGAUAUUGUGCUCUGGAGCUGUAGUUGCAGCAGGGAGAGAGCCUUUUAAACCAAGUAAUUAUGAAUCUCUUGGGUAUUCACGGCCUGCCAGAUUACUUGGAAUUGCAAAUCGUGUGUACCCCAAAGCAAAUUUGAAGUCAGAAAGUGAAAACACUAGGAAAUGGAAGGUGUCAGUCCUCACCAGUGAUAUGCCAUCUGCAGGAACAAGCUCAAAGGUUUAUAUCAUAUUGUAUGGGGAUCACGGCAGUUCAGGACCUAUUUUUCUUGAUGGAGAGAAGGGAAAAUUAUUUCAGAGAGGCAGUGAAGAUGUCUUCACAAUUCAUACAGGAAACAUAGGACGUCUCUACAAAAUACGCAUUGGACAUACUAAUGCAGGAAGUUGCCCUGCCUGGCAUUGUGAAGAGGUGCAGUUGCUGAAUCUUUUUUCAGGGGAGCAGUUUUCUUUCCCUGUAAAUCGAUGGCUGGCCUGGGACCAGGCUGAUGGAGAAAUAUCCGUGGAGCUUCCUGUAUUACAUCAGGGUCAGCCUGUUCUUCCAGUGACUGUCUAUGAAGUGCAUGUGACAACAGGAGAUCUGUGGAAUGCUGGAACUGAAGCUGAUGUGUAUAUUUCUAUCUACGGAGAAAAAGGUGACACAGGAUCAAGACAGCUGGUCAGGUCACAGAAACCCAAGAAAUUUUUGAAAGGACAAACUGACAUCUUUCUUGUGGAAGCUGUGCACCUUGGCCAUUUGUACAAGAUUGUUAUAGGACACAACGGUCUUGGAUCAGGAAAUGGAUGGUAUCUGGACAAAGUUGUAAUCAAGGAUCCUGUGACAGAUCUGGAUUAUACUUUUCUUUGCCACAGAUGGCUGGACAAUGGGCAGGACGAUGGCAACAUUGCGAGAGGACUGACUGUGACAGAUGCCAGCACAUUUCCAGGAAGAAAAGAGCUGGAGAUGAAGAGAGAGGAAACUUGGGCUGCUGAAAAGUGGAAAUUUCAGGAAGGCAAUAAACUUCAGCUUUACAACAGGCUCACCCAUGGUUUCAUAUGUCUCUAUCCAGACAGCAGCGUUGAUGCUCUUGGUGACAAGAAGAAUAAAUAUGGACUUUUCAAUGUAAUUGUCAAAAAAGGAAAUAUUUCCGUAUUCAGAAGUCAUCAGAUACCACAUCUUGCUCUCGCUCUUGUCAAUGGCUAUGCAACUGGAAAGAGCAAAGACAAGUCUUGCUGUGAGCUCUGCAUUCACCUUCAACCAAAUGGUUGUGCCAUUCUCGAGUCAGCGAGGAACCCAGGUCAAACUGUAAUGUUCAAUCUUCAAGGCAAAGUAGCUGAUGAAAAAACAGGAUAUGCUGGAAUUUCCAAGGAAUUUGUUGUGCAUGUCAAGGGUGUAUUUCACCAUGGUGCCAUCAUUCUGCUCAACACAAAUCGUUGCCAGGCUCUGACUCUCAGAUCUGAUGGGGGCUGCAGUGGAGCAGGUCAGCAGCAACAGGAAUCCUACUGGAGGGUGCAUAAAAUUGGCUCUGGAGUCUGCAUGUUUGAGAGUGUGAGAAACCCAGGAAUGUACCUGAAGAUCAAAGAUGGCCAGUGUAAUGGAACAGGCACGGGUGAUGAAUACUGUCACUUCAAAAUUGAGAAGAAUUGGGAGACUGGAUCUGUAAGUCUGGAAUCAGUGCGGAGUAAAGGGAUAUACGUUGGUCUCCUUCCAGAUGGUCAGACCAAGCCAGUCAUUAACAUUGGAGAGAGCAACACUUUUUUCUACCCGCAGGUCAUCAAAUUUGGCUGUGAAAAUCCCCCAGGAACUCCUGUAGAAACCACUCAAGAGAAGAAAGACUUCAGAGAAUCUGAAUGCUCACCAGCAAAAGCCCAGUGGCAAACAUCUCAAAGACCUUUGGUUUUUCCACCCUCAGAAGAAAUGAGAAAUCCCCAAGUUGGUGAGUGUUCCCUUCCUUCAUCUGAUGACUGGAAAGUGUCAGUGCUGACGGGAAGUGCAGGAGCUCGAGCAAAUGCCACUCUCUGGAUAUAUGGAGAUGGAGGAGCAGACGGACCAAUAACUCUUGGCAAGGAGAACAGAAAGCAGUUGUUCCUUCCUAGGCAAGAGGAUGAAUUUCAGGUUAAACUAAAAAGAGUUGGGAAUAUCUACAAGAUAAGAAUUGAACUUGGUGAAUUACUGAAUAAGCAGUCAGAGUGGAACAUACAAAGGGUGACACUGCAACACCUGAUGAGCAAGAAAACUCUGAAUUUUCCAGCAAACACAUGGUUGUCAAAGAGUGAUGGUGAUAGGGAUUUUGUCUGUGAGCUUCCAUUAGUGGAAGCUGGAAAACCUAUUUAUCCAAUUAUUUUAUAUCAUGUUAAUGUCUACACGGGUGACUUGGAGCAAGCUGACACAGAUUCUCCAGUUUAUCUGUGUAUCUUUGGAGAAAGAGGAGAUUCUGGUCAAAGACUUCUGCAGAAAUCUGGUAUCCCAGUGAAAUUUUUGAGAGGAAAGGUCAAUGCUUUUGAAGUGAAAGCUGUAUCUCUUGGAAAGCUGCAGAAGGUGCUGUUGCGCUGUGAGGCUAAUUCAAAGUCUCAGUAUUGGUACUGUGAUAAAGUCAUUGUCAGAGAAGAUGGGAAUAACUCAGAAUAUGUUUUCAAUUGUGAAAGGUGGCUUCCUUUUAUGUCCCAAGGUGUAAUUCAUUCAGAAAUGGAGCUGUACCCUCAAGAAUUUCAAACAACUCAACAGCUGAAAAGGCAAGAGGCAGCUAAUGAAGGAGACUGGAAGAUUACUGUAGUCACUGGGGAUUUUGAAGCAGCUGGCACAACAGCAACUGUAUGCCUUUACGUUUAUGGAGAAAACAAAGUUUCUGGCCCUAUUAUUUUGGGAUCUGGGAAACACCAGCUGUUUAAUCCCAACAGUGAAGAUAUAUUUAAGAUUAAUAUCAGGGAUCUUGGGCAGCUAUAUAAAAUCCGCAUUGGCCAUGACAACACUGGUAAUGAUCCCAGCUGGUACCUGGAGGAAAUCAGACUUGAAAGAAUGUCUCCUUCUUCUCAAGAAGAGAUUUGUCUGCCCAUAGAGUGCUGGCUUGCAGAAGACAAGGGUGAAGGUGAUACAUGGAGAGAAGUGGCAAUAAGAAACUCUACAAAGGAAAUUUUGCCAUUGCUUGUGUAUGAGAUCCAUGUUCACACAGGUGCUAAACUUGGUGCUGAAACAGAUUUUAAUGUUUAUAUCAAUCUUAUUGGGACAAGAGGAGAUGCUGGCAAAAGGAAGCUCCAUAGAUCUAAGAACAAUAAAGUAAAGUUUCAACAUGGACAGAUGGAUAUUUUCUUCAUAAAGGCUGUCUCACUUGGAGACUUGGAGAAAGUUCUGAUUAGCCAUGAUGGAACUGGUCCAGGUAAUGGAUGGUUCUUGGACAAGAUUGUUAUUAAAUAUAAAGAAGGAAAGGAAGGGAAAGAGGUUGUAUUUCCUUGUAACAGGUGGUUAGGUGAAUAUCAAGAUGAUGGGAAAACUGUGAAGGAGCUAACUGCUGAAAAAGCUGGCAAUCCAGAGAUGGCAUUCUUUGAUGCACAACAGUGGAGAGUGCAGGUGAAAACAGAUGGAGAUUCCCCAGAGCCACAAAAUUGCAAAAGGACCCUUGUGAUUUAUGGCUCGAAGGGCAAAAGUGAUGAGCUACUGCUUUCACCACAAGACCCAGGACAUGUAUGUUUUCUACCCAGAGCAACUGAUGAAUUCAUUGUUGAGACUGGAGAUGUGGGAGAUGUGUAUAAGAUUCGGGUCAGCUGUGAUGACGUGCCAGGCUUUGAGGGUUGGCACUUGAAGUCUUUCCACUUAGAAGAGCUACAUACAAAACAAGAGUUGAACUUUGACUGCAACUGCUGGCUGUCUCUUAGCAGAGAAGACAAGGAGCUGGUAAAAGAAUUCCCUGUAGUCAGUGAGGACCAGAAAACUUUACCAGUCCAUAAAUAUGUUGUCUCUGUACAUACUGGUGACCGCUGGGGAGCAGAAACCUUUGCAAACGUUUAUAUCACCCUUUAUGGCAAAAGAGGUGACACAGGUGUAAGGAAUCUUCAUACACCUUUAACAACAGAAAGGAAAUUCCAAAGGAAUAAGGUGGAUUCCUUUUUGGUGGAAGCUGUUUCUCUGAGUCAUUUGCAAAAAGUGAUCAUAGGACAUGAUGGGCAAGGAUAUGGGGCUGGAAUGUACCUCAAGGUGAUAACAGUCAGGGAAUCACAAGACUCAGACAAUGAGUGGGUCUUUCCGUGCUGGAACUGGCUUGAUACUCAUCUGGGAUUAUGUGAGACUGUUUGUGAGAUAUUUACAGUUGGUAGAAGAUUGAUUUCUCAUCCUAAACUGCCUAAAGUCAUCAUGCAGUCAUCUGGUCUCUGGAUAAUGGACAUCACUGGAUCUGACUGGAGCAGUGAAGAGGAUCCAUUACACCUCUCUUUAAUCUUCUUUGGCAACCAGAAUCAUAAGAAGUUGCCACUUCAAGUUACAGGAAAAGAAAUUCAAAUCAAAGAUGAACUGUCAGAUAUUGGCUCGCUAUACAAAGUUCAGGUAACCGGCCCACACAGCAAGCUAAAACAGCCGUGGCACUUAGAUUUACUGCAUAUGAAGCACACGGGCACAAAGGAAGAGAUGUAUUUAUCAUUUGACUGCUUGUUCAACCCUAAUGAAGACAAAUGUGUGGAACUGCCAGCUCUCUAUGCAGAUCAGGAGCCUUUGCCCGUUGUGGAAUAUUCAAUCAAUUUGCACACCGGAGACUUGAAGAAAGCAGAUGCCACUGGUGAGGCUUAUCUAUGUAUUCAAGGAGAAAGGACUGACUCAGGGAAACGAUGGCUUAACUCAAGAAACAGCCUGAUUACUUUUGCUAGAGGGCAGGUGGAUGUUUUCAAAAUCAAAGCAGUAUACCUUGGCAAGUUGAAACAAGUUCUCAUUGGAUUUAAGAGUACAAAAAAAGAUGAGUGGUUCUUGGAAAAAAUUGUUAUAAAAGAAGUCAGCUACCCUUUUUCUUCACAUGUCUUUGUUCAUAAUGACUGGAUCAAUAAACGUCCUAAGAAAGAUUUUGUGGAAGUGGUAAUUCCUCUCAAAGAAAUGUCUGUGACAUCUCUUCUUACAAAACAAAUUAAUACUAAAAGCAGAGGACGAUGGCAAAUGUGGGUACACUGUGUGGAAGUUCCAGAAGAUGCACCUGAUGUUCAAGUUGUGGUAUUUGGAACAGAAGGGAAAUCUUCUUCACAGAAAGUUCAGAAUCUGAAUGAUAAUCCAUUUCUGUUGACUGUUGGAGAUGUUGGAGAUAUAACAAAACUUUCAUUUUUGUUAUCCAGUCCAUGUUUGGAAAGAGGAAUUAAGCUUCACAAGCUUAGGCUGAAAGAUCUGGACACUAAACAGGAACUGAGCUUUCCCACUGAAGCCCAGUAUCUGUUUGGAGAAGACGGAUCUGAGACUGUGACAGAGCUAGCAGCAGUCAGACCAGACAAAGCACCACUCAGAGAAGUUCUUUACUCAAUCAGAGUUCAUACAGGAACGUUGCCUGCAUCAGGAACUGAUGCAGACAUAUUUAUAACUAUAUUUGGAGAGCAGGGAGAUUCCUGCAAAAGGAGACUAAGACACUCAUGUUUUGAAAAAGGACAGGUCAGUAUCUCCGAGGUGAGAGCAGUAGACCUUGGACAAUUAAGCAAAGUGCUUGUUGAGCACGGUAAUGUUGGUUAUGGAGCUGGAUGGUACUUGGACCAAAUUGUCAUCCAUGAAUCAGGCAAGACUGAUAGCCAAUAUAUAUUUCUUUGCCGGCAAUGGUUAGACAGUGGAGUUGGUGAUGCACAGAUGGAACGAAUGUUGAGACUACUCGGAAAAGUCAGGAAUGAAAUGCUGACAGAAAAGAUUCACGGGACUUGGGAUGUCUUCGUCACAACUAGUGAUAUUUCUAGUUCCACAAAUCCUAAAAUGUCACUAACUGUUUGUGGCAGAAAAGGUGUCCAUACUUCAAUCAUACUCCCAAAAGGAUCCCUUAAAAAAAAUCAAGUUUAUGAGACUUCAAUUGAAUUAAACAAGAAAUUCACUACUAUAUUUAAAGUUCGCCUAGAAAUUGAAGAAGCUGGAGAAGGAGAGUCUUGGCAUUGCCGUGAGGUGAAACUUCAACACAGAGUAAGUAAAAAUCUUCUGGAAUUUCCAUUUUGCCGCAACUUCGCAGAUGACGAAGGGGAAAGAGUGGCUGAGCUUCCAGUUCUCAUGGUCAAUUCUCCUUUUCCACCAGUGAAAAGCUAUGUUCUCUAUAUCACCACGGGAGCAUCCCCUGGGUCAGGAACUGAUGCAGAUGUGUAUGUCAUGCUGCAAGGCAUUUUGGGAGAUACUGGUAGACGAAAAUUAAUCAGAAAAGGAGAUGAUAACUUCACUGAAGGAAAGAAAUCCAAGAGCAGAAGAGCACUUCUGCCUAUCCUAGGAAAAGAGCAAAUGAAUUCAGAAGGCAGAUGGAGGAUUUAUUUCACAAAACAUCACGAUGAAACAAAAAAAGACUUUGAAAAGUUGUCAGAAAAUAUAUCCAAGUUGGUUAUGGUUUUUUAUGGAAGCAACGGCAAGUCAAAUCCAGUUUCCAUGGAAAACAAACUGGAACAUCAAGCUAAGAACCAAAUAACAUACGAUAUAAAUUUACCAUCUGAUUUGGGUAUCAUUUAUAAAGUCAGACUUGGACUCCAGAGUUUGGAAAGCAGCAUAUCACAGUUGUCUCUUCAUCACUUUAAAAUGCAGAACACAUCAACCCUGGAUACCUUUAGUCUCACUAUAAAUAAAACACUUCCUCUUUCUCUUAAUGGAGACAGAUGGAUUGAAUUCCCUGUAGAGUGGCCAUUAAAAGAAGCACUUUCUGUGGUUACAUAUCAUCUAACAGUAUUUUCUAGAAAUAUAUUGACUGACAGAAGUGUAGUGCAUAUGACUGCGUGUAUACAUGGUACUCAUGGUGACACAGGGGACAGAUCCCUUCUCUGGCCAUUGCAGAAUGUCCAGCAGGAAGAUGACAGUGAGUCAUUUGUUGUCAUCAUGGAUGCUGUUGAACUGGGAGAAGUGGACAAAAUUGUUCUCGUAAUCAGCAGUAAGAAAGACUGCAAAUUGGACAUUAAAAAAUUGCAUUUGAAAAACUCUGUAAGGGAUCAUCCUAUCUACGUGUUUGAAGUGAAUGAAGCUUUUUCUGUGGAUCCAAAUAAGCCAGAAAUACAGAGAGAAAUCCCAGUAUCUUUUGUUAUUGGAGGAGACAAACCAAAUAAUGGCAUAAAUGACUUAAAUAAAGAAGAAAGUCAAGAAGGAAAUCAAACAGAGUAUACUAUCAAAGUAUACACAGGUCACAGAAUGGGGGCAGGAACUGAUGCCAAUGUGCAUAUUGUUUUAUUUGGGAAUGAAGACAAAUCUGAAGUGUUUCACCUCUCUCAGUCACUGGAGCAUCAAGAUCCCUUUGAAAAAGGAAUGGUUGAUACAUUCAAGAUUAAGACUAAAAAAUUAGGAAGCCUAUGUUCGAUUGAAAUUGGUCAUGAUGGAAAAGGAUUUGCAAGUGGCUGGUUUCUGGAAAAAGUAGAAAUCAUGGAUGCAUCCAGGAAUUCAGUGUAUUUCUUCAACUGUAACAGGUGGCUUGCUGGGGAUGGAAGCGAUGGUAGCACCGUAGUGCAACUUUACCCAUAGCUGCUCAUUUUCUGAUUUUUUGAUAGUGUGCUGCUUCUCCAAAUUCCUGCUUGUUUGAUUUACUUGUAUGUUAUAAUUCUGAAGGUAUUGUAAUUACUGUGAAGGAAUGUCAAAACAAUGCAUUAAAAACAUCACAGUAAAUUAAACAUGUCUAAUGUGAACACUGUGCUCCAAUCCAACCAGAGUUGCUCAAAAUCUUUGCAUGGCUGAAAUUUAGAAAACAUCAAUUUUAAUCUGUAACAUGGCUCUGUGGACUUGAGCUGAGCAUUCGUAAUAGUAGAUACAUUUAGUAACACAUUUUUAUUUCAGUAAUAAUUUGUGAGUAAGUUGAAGUUAGCUCUUGGGUCAAAUCUGCCAAUUUUUAUUAAACUGAUACAUAGUUUCAAUUUCUACAUUUAUUAAAACUAAUAUUUCCUCAAAAUCAUUUUCCAAACAGGCUGCACAACUCUUUGGCCUUACCAUGUGUUAUUUCCUUUUUUAUAAGACCAGGUAUGUAACAGAGAGGAAUAAAGAAUUUGUUAUUCAGGCAUUAAGCCUGUGGCAGUAAGCUUCCCACUGGCAUUUGACUGCAAAAUCUUGUAGCUGAGCCAGAACCUCAGCUGAGAUCCUUUAGAUCCAAAGGGUCUCUUAAGAGAGACUUUUUCAUCAUUUCUUAUCACUAGCACUGCAAUAGCUCACUGGCUAACUUAUGCAGCUCUGUGCUCAGCUUGCUGAUUUUUGCAGUGCCCAUUCUUAGGCAUCUAUCUGUCUCUCUAGUGCUAUAUGUGCAAAUGUCAUUACUUCAAAAAAAAUCGCUAUUACUAUUGAAAACACACCAUAAAUACAAACAUAUUUAGAAUAAAUACACAAAAUAAUAAGCGAAUAAUAAGUGGCUAGAUGUUUAGUUUGGUACUGCUACAGUUGCUGGUUGACUGAGGAAGAGUUUAGAAUAAAGACGAGUCUGAAAUGGAACCAUGAUUUGCACAACUCCAGAAGUUUGAUGUCUGUGAUCAGAAUACAAAUACUGCGUAUUGACUACAUAGGGCAUCCCCCUGUUUAAUCAAAGACUCCACAUUUAGUACCUCCAAAACUCAAAAUCUGUAUAAAGAACUGAAUUUUAGACCUGUUCGCCUCCAAGGCACUACCAUGUUUUGUAGCAGCAAUGUACUUUCUAUAAUCACAAGA